AUGGGUAUAAUUUUAAGGAAAACCGAGGAGAAAUCGUCGAAUGUAACUCCUUCGCAUCCUGCGCCCUCGGCAGAUCUUCUUUCACCAAAGGACAACGUUGAAAAUGUGCUAUCGUCCGCCGUUCCCGUUGAACCCGAAACAAACAGAUUACCAGAAGUGAAAGAAGUUGGGCUACCGGAAAUCCCUUCUGUUUCUCCGACUUGUGAAAUCCCUUUGCCUAGCAAGGAAACCUUCCCCAAGAAUAGCUCUCAAUGCUUCGCACCUUCUUCAACGGCGAGUGUAGACAUUGAUGAGGAACAUUGCAACUCUUCAUGCAAGAGUUCUUCCUCCUUAAGUUCUAUUAAGCUCUUUGUGGUCAAACAGACCCCAAGAAGGCAUCACGUUUACGGUGACACACCUCCACCUGCAGAUAGGCCUCUUGACCGCUCGACUGUUACUUUGCGAUCACUUCUUAAUUGGAUUCCUGCAAAUAAACCUCCUCCAAGGGUUCGUGAUAUCCACCCUAAUCCCAAACCCCUCAAGCAUGACUCACCACGGGUGACGUCACCGACCAGUAAGAGCGUAGAUAAGAAAUCUGAAGACACAACCGUUCCUGCACCAGGCGAGCCUCACAUUGACCCUCUGGCACCGCAGCUGCGUCUGGAUGCAGAUGGAAACAUUGUACUUGAUGAGCAGAGCCUCCAUAUCAGCCAUCCUAAGACCACAGUCAUGGAGGACCUUCGACAUGUGGCAGAGGAGGCCGGUCUCUAUGGGACCACGUACAACAGUUUCCGCCGCCGCCCUAUCCAGCAUCGGGGGCGCAAGUGGACCGAAAAGGAUACCACUCGGUUUUAUCGAGCUCUCAGUACUAUUGGCACUGAUUUCUACUCUAUGACAAAAAUCUUCCCCGGAAGGACGAGAGGCCAACUUUUGAAAAAGUUUAAACGAGAAGAGCGUCUUUUUCCACACCUGGUGGACGAAGCAUUGAAGAACAAACGGAAUUAUGACAUUACCGUGUUUUGCAAAAGCGAAAGCGAUUCGGAGGAAAAGUACGAAAAGCUGACCAAAGAUGCCAUUGUAGAGAAAAGAAAAGCUCCAAAGGAUAAAUCUGGCCAACGAACACCAAAAAAGCGAUCCACCUGCGACAUCUCUGCCAUAAUCGAUGAGGUUUUGGCGCGGGACGCCACCAAACCUGUGGACGAUGAAGACGACCCUAUUAGGCCUCGCAAGGUAUUAAAAUCUGCCUCUUUCGCCACCUCCACUGCUGCUGCACCCUGCAGUUUGAUGCAGAUGAUCGAGAAGACGGUGGAGGAGACCAACAAAGCGGGCAGGACUGAGAAGUCUCUCUCCUCAGGCGUCGCUUCUUGA